CAAGGAUACUCUUCACAGAGGAGAACGCCGGCUGACGAACAUUUCGAUGUGGCAACUUUUCGGACACAUUUAUAACAUUUUAUAGAACAGCAUCAAGCUUGAAAAUGCCGCCCAAAGGAAAACAGGGGACCAAAGGUCAGAAGCAAAUUGAAGUCGAAAACAAAUCGACAAUGCAGUUUUAUAUGUACAUCAUUCUUUGUGCCAUAGCAAUAUUUUAUGGAGCACAGAUCAUCCUCUUUAGCGACACAUUCACAACAUUUUACAUUGUUCUAUCAAUGCUGGUCUUGUGUGUGUAUGGAGGUUGUUACAAGUUUAUGAGCAGCAUGGCUGGUGGGGGCAUCGAUCUCAACAUGGAGGCGGGCAUGGCAGAGCAUGCCAAGGAUGUGAUUCUGUUGACAGCCAUUGUCCAGAUACUAGCCUUGAUCUCCAACUACUUCUGGUUGUUAUGGCUUGUGGCACCAGGAAGAGCGUUUUAUAUAUUGUGGGUAAAUAUUCUAUCGCCAUGGAUAUUUGCCGAAGCACCAGAAGUUGAUGAUAAAAAACAGAAAAAGAUGGAAAGGAAAAUGAAGAGACAGCAAAGAUGAACUCUAGUCAUGUAGAUUUGUUGAACCAAUAAAGCUUGUCUAUUUUUAGAAGUCUUGGUUUUGUCAUAGCUUGGUUUCGUCGGAGGGAUUAAGAAAUAUAAGUAUUGGCCAAUUUUGCUGAAAGGCUGUUUAAUUUAUUCACAAUAAAACUAGUACACAUGUUUACAGUGAUAAUUUGCAUAUGUGUAGCAUUUUUCAUAAUUCUGAAUUCAAUACGCAGUUAUGCUCCUUGUUUGACAAUUAAAAAACAGAUGGGCAUUGUCAUCGGUGUGCGAUGAUCAUAUAUUAUAUGCUAAAUCAGGAUGAGUGUUUGUGUAAAUAGUACUGUACAGAGUUUAAAUUAUAAACAAGAGUAUAACAUGUAUACUCAUGUAUACCAGCAUUACGAUUACAGCAAAGUCUAAUCUUGAGUAUUUCAAUGAAACACGAAAAUUCAAUGCCCAGUUCAGAGUUGGCACAAUAGCAUUUGAUGUUUUCCCUCUAUUUAUAUGGCUAGCCAAAGAUAUAAUUUUCAUUUUAUGUAAUUUCUUUUAUUCUAACACUGAUGUUAUAUAUGAAACAUUGCCAUUUUUUGUCAUACUUUCUGUGUUAAAAAAUCAUUUAGAAAGAAAUUUUACCUUCUGGAUAUAGAUCAAUGUUUAUUUAUUUUUAUCUCAAUGUUACUGCAUCAUGACAACUGUUAGUGUUUGGAAAGUAUCAUUUUAUGGAAAUGUUAAAAUGUCCAUUACUUUCAACUUCUUUUUAACUUAAGCUGCUAGUAUUUAAUACUUUAGUUAAUUGUUUACAAUUUAUACAUUUGCUCAAUGUUAUUAUACAGUUUACAGCACUGAGAAUCAAAGUCAUAGAGCCACGGCAAGCAGAAGUAGGUAUUAAAGUAAUAUAAGACUAGUGAAAAUAUGACACCAGUUUCCUGUGGCUAAAAAUAGAAUGACGGUGUCCAUGGUGUGACAUUUUUUAAGGUCCAUGAUGCAUUUAAGGUAACACACACUCUUUUAUGAAUAACAUGUUUGAUAUGAUGCCCAAAACUGGUCAUAAACUGGGCAUUCCAAUAUUUAGUUGGUCAUUAUUAAUAUAUCCAGUACUGCAGCCAAUUGUAUAAACCCUCAAUAAGUUGUUCAAUGGUUAAACAUUUGGCUUCUUUGCACAUUUCAAUGAUUUGAUUGGUGAAUAGGAACUUUUGGAUAAUUAUUGAUUGAUCAAUUAAUAUUUGUUUUACCGGUAUACAAUAACUGCAGGUGUGUAUAUAAAGUAAUGGUAAAAUAACUGAAAGGUAUUGACUAUAUUCACUUUACAAUAUUUAAUGUUUCAAAUUUAAUAAUUCACUGAAUAAAAUUCUGAAUUUAUGUUUUCUUUCUGU